ACUUCAACAACUACCACCACUAGCAGUACAUUGACCACUACCACCACCAGCAUUUCAUCGACAACUUCAACCACUACCACCACCAGCAUUUCAUCGACAACUUCAACCACUACUACUUCGACAACUACCACCACAACUACUACUUCGACAACAACCACCACCACCCCAAUACCUACUUCGACCACUAGUGCCACACAUAAAGCUUGUCACUUUAUCGACAGUGACGAGCACCAUUUUAUUCAUGGUAAGAAAAGAUGCAUAACCAAAUGUAUUCCUAAAGAGAUGGCAGCCAUUAAAUGUGGAAACAAUUUUGAUACAUCUCCGUGUACACCAGGUUGUGUCUGCUGUACCAAGACACAACACAACACAACGAUAACCUCUACCACAACAAGCCCAGAAUCGACAACUACUAUCUCUAGCACUUUAUCCACCAGCACAUCGACCACUACCACCACAACAUCGACCACUUCCACUAAUACAUCGACCACUACCCCCACUAGCACUACAUCGACAACUGCCACCACUAGUACUACAUCCAUUACUACCACCCCCAGCACGACAUCGACUACUACUUCGACAACUACCACCACAACUACUACUUCGACAACAACCACCACCACCCCAAUACCUACUUCGACCACUAGUGCCACACAUAAAGCUUGUCACUUUAUCGACAGUGACGAGCACCAUUUUAUUCAUG